AUCACUGGUCCCUGACAUGGUUCUCGGAACUGGUGUGGAGUUAUCCAUUUCGAUCACCAAUCCAUCUCGAACACCAAAGCUCCCCACGACUCAUCAGCAGGUUCUCAAAGUGAAGUUACAUGCGAUUCGCCCUCGUAUCAAUGGCUGCCAGAUUCAUAGUUGUGUCUCCUACCAUCGCGAAAUAGUCAAAUAAAGCUACCCGACACAUAUGAUUGGCUGUCAGAUUCAGUAGCCUCAUGGUUGUGUCUCCUAUGAUCGCGAAAUAGUCAAAUAAAGCUACCGGGCACGUAACCGCUAAUAACAAAUUGGCAACAAGUAAAGCCAGCUUGAGGAGUGUAGCGCAAGAAAAAGAUGUACCAAAACUGUCUUAUGGAGGGAAAUGGUUAGAGUAAUAGAGCAAUUGGAGUUGGAGCAUACUAUGAGUUGCAAAACCUGAUCUUCCACAUUAUAGUUAUAUUUGUGGAGGUAUAUACACCAUGAUUAUAUUUGUAACGAAAAUUCAU